AUGCCGCCCAAAAAAGACCGAGCGACUGCCACUAAGAAAAAGGAUGAGAGUUUCACAAAAAGAACAACAUUUUACGUCAACAUCGAGUGGGAGGCAGGCUGCCAGCCCAACCAGGGCACCAACGUUCGAGGGCAGAUGUAUGUGGAGAGUCUAGAGCCCCAAAGGAAGACACAACAUUACCCCGUCGUCCUAAUCCAUGGCGAUUAUCAUACGAGUCAAGUUUGGCUAACCAAACCCGAUGGAGACCCAGGCUGGGCCUCGUACUUUUUGGGAAAGGGUUUCCACGUUUAUCUUGUUGAUUUGCCGGGUACCGGAAAGUCAAACAACCUCACAGAAGAAGCGAUAAACAACGCACAAGUUAGAAGUAUCAAGGCCUCCCAGAUUGAGAGAGAAGCCACUGCUACGAAGGUGUUUAACCACAUCACUGACCCCCGUUGGCUAACGGCUUUGAAGCACGACAAAUGGCCAGGGACCGGCAUGAGAGGAGAUCCCGCUUUCGACAGAUACUGCGCCUCUUUGAGCCCGCUAUUCUUUACUCUGGAAGACCGACAGACACUCGCCCAAAAUGCACUAAGAAGCCUGCUCAAGAUUACCGGCAAAGCCGUCCUCAUUGGUGAAGGCACAGGAGCGACGGCGUCAUGGCUUGCGUCCGAUGUUAUACCAGAGAACGUGGUCGGUGUUGUUGCUGUUGAGCCACCCGGUCCGCCUUUUUGCGACAAGACUGUGGAGCGAAACGGCAAGCGAAAGUUCGACUCCUUCACCUCCUUUAACCCAGAUCGUCUCAAAUACGGUCUGUCCAACAUCCCUCUGACAUUCGAUCCUCCCGCUCGACCAGAGAUUGAUCCGCGAGGCGGGCCAACGGGACUUUUGCCGUCGGCACUGGACCAACCAGGCAUGAAUCCGGAAAGAGAACCAACAGGACUGCACCCGUUGGAUCUGGCGGAAUUUUCUCACACAACCACUGGAAAGCACAUAGUGCUUCAAUAUAGCCCAGAAAAUAUUCCCGCUGGCUUCACCUUCCUGAAGAAGUUAACAAAUGGGGAUGGAACAAUGCACGUCCGAAAGCUCAUCAACUUGUCCAAGAUGCGCCAUGUGAUGAUCACCGGAGAAGCAAGCCCCCACUCAGAGUAUGAUUCAUCAACGAUACAUUUCAUGCAACAGGCCGGCCUUAUUGUCGACUGUGGCUUCUUAGAGAAGUAUCAGAUCCGAGGUAACGGUCAUCUGAUGUUUUUGGAGACAAAUAGUGAUGAGGUGGCCUCCCACAUCAUGCGCUGGAUCCAAACUCGGGCAGGCACAGUGGACGAGCCGAUCCCUGUGCUUGAGUCAGAGGUGGUUAGAGUAUCAGUGCCGUCGCCUCAAGUUAUUAAUGUGAGCGAGCAGUCUCCCAGGUCCUCAAAGAGAGCUAGACGAGCGUCUGGCGAUGAUUUAACGCUGUCUUUGGUUUCGGCGAACAAAUCCCAGCUUAUUGACUUGACCGAUGAGCUGCCCGACACAACCCGGUACUAUGACAGUGGCUGCUUGUGUGGGAUGCCAGCGCCGCCGCUACCGUCACCACAUUCGCAGAGCAAUAUGCGACAAGCCCUGUUAUGGGAACAAGGAACGCCUGUGUGCACCAAUUUCGAUAUAAAGGCACGUAAGUGCUCUUCCAAGAGACCUGAGCUCUUCAUCCAACCAAGGACUGCUGUCGAAGGCUCUGCUUCCGUUGUUGGAUCGAGCUCAAAGCCCGCUCAGGCAAAUUUGCAGCAUGUGAUCCCGAUAGAGAACGAACCAACUGGGGCUUCCAAGCAACAGUCAGAGGAUACCCAAAGCAACCAUGGUCUUUUUACAGACUACAGAUUUAACUUCUCCGGACCUGAAAUCAUGGGAAACAGAGGAGAUAGUUCCAUUGGGUCCUCUGCACAGCACGUGUAUGACUUGACCCAGCCGACCUUGCAGCAGCCGGUUCCCAGUCCACAGCAGAGGAUUUUUGUUCCCUUUACCGCGGACUAUCAAUUUUAUCCCCAAGGGAACCCAUACAUGCGGUCAAUGCAAGGCGGGCAUUAUGGGUCGUCUUUUGCGCGCGAGCCUCGGUUUAUGCCAUUUUCCCAACCGAGCGACGAUGUUCCAAGCUCGGCGACAGAUCCCAGCUUUGGCCUGCCAACGCAAAAUGAUGGCGAGUCGCUUGAAAUGGACGGGUACGCAUUUUGA